AUGGAAAGCAAGUACUCGAUGGAGCCAGCGCCUGAUGGUGCUGGCCUCACCUCGCUGGAUGUGCUCAUCUUCCUGGACGCCCCGGUGAACAGCACGGAGGAGCAGUGCUUCAGCGCCCGCUCCCGCAGCACGGUCCUGGAGGGGCUGCCCUUUGGUGGUGUGCCCACCGUGCUCGCCAUCAACUUCAUCCUCUGGCUGCUUCUCCUUCUGGUCUUCUCAUGUCUUCGGAAAGCGGCUUGGGACUACGGGCGCCUGGCACUGCUGAUGGACAAUGACAGCCUGACAUCGCUUUUCUAUGGAGAGCAGAGCGAGAAGGAGAAGUCCCCAUCAGAGAGCAGCCCUCUGGAUGCCGACAACAAGGAUGUGGGAUUCUGUUCCUGGCUCCUUUCUAUCUACCAGAUGAAGGAUGAGGAGAUUCAGAGCAAGUGUGGGAUCGAUGCCACCACCUACCUGUCCUUCCAGCGGCACCUCCUGGUCCUGCUGAUGCUGGUUUGUGUGCUCUCCGUGGCUGUCAUCCUGCCUGUCAACUUCUCAGGGGACCUCCUGGGACACAAUCCUACCCACUUCGGCCGGACAACCAUCGCCAACAUCCCAACUCAAGACCGUCUCCUGUGGCUGCACAGCAUCUUUGCCCUAAUAUAUUUUAUCUUCACCAUCCUUUGUAUGGCUCACCACUCUGUCCACCUGGAAUACAGAGAGAAUGAGAAGGUUGCCCGGACACUGAUGGUUACCCACAUCCCCAAGGAGAUCACAGACCCUUCACUUAUCAUCAAGCAUUUCCACGAGGCUUAUCCCAGCUGCACCGUCACCAAUGUCCAGUUCUGCUUUGACGUGCGCAAGCUGAUGAAGCUGGAUGCGGAGAGGCGCAAAGCAAUGAAGGGGCGGCUUUAUUUCACUACCAAGGCACAGAAAGAGGGGAAGAUCAUGAUCAAAACUCACCCCUGCGCCCGCAUCUUCUGCUGCCGCUUCUGUGGCUUUGAUGAGGUGGAUGCUGAGCAGUAUUACGGCGAGCUGGAGGAGAAGCUCACAGAUGAGUUCAAUGCGGAGCGCAACCGCAUCACACUCAAGCGGCUUGAUAUGGCCUUCGUCACCUUCCAGGACGAGCGGAUGACAGCUGUGAUUUUGAAGGACUACAACCACAUCCACUGCCGCAAGCACCCCCAGCAGUCCUCUGUCACCACCGUGGUCAAGUCACACCACUGGGGUGUUCGCUAUGCCCCUUCACCCAGUGAUAUCAUCUGGGAGAAUUUAUCAGUCCGUGGCACAUCGUGGUGGGUGCGAUUCAUUCUGCUUAAUAUCUGCCUGUUCAUCCUUCUUUUCUUCCUCACAACACCAGCCAUCAUUGUCAACACUAUGGACAUGUUCAAUGUCACACACCCUGUGGAGAGCCUCAAGAACCCCAUCAUCACCCAGUUUUUCCCCACGCUGCUGCUCUGGGCCUUCUCCGUCUUCCUGCCCUUCCUUGUCUACUACUCAGCAUUCUUCGAGUCUCACUGGACAAGGUCAAGUGAAAAUCAGAUCACCAUGCACAAGUGCUUCUUCUUCCUGGUGUUCAUGGUUAUCAUCCUGCCCUCGCUGGGUCUGAGCAGCCUGGACCUGUUUUUCCGCUGGCUCUUCGACACCCACUUUCUGGAUGAGGCUGAAAUCAAGUUCCAGUGCGUUUUCCUCCCAGACAAUGGCGCCUUCUUCGUCAACUAUGUAGUGACCUCCAGCCUGAUUGGCACGGCCAUGGAGCUGCUGCGCAUCCCAGGCCUCCUCGUCUACACUGCUCGCCUCUGCUUUGCCAAGUCGGAGCCCGAGCGGCUCCACGUCAAGCGGAGCCAAGCAUACCAGUUCCAGUUUGGACUAGAGUACGCCUGGACCUGCUGUAUCUUCUCUGUUGUCAUGACCUACAGCAUCACCUGCCCCAUCAUCGUCCCCUUUGGGUUGCUCUACAUGCUGCUCAAGCACAUGGUUGACCGGUACAACAUUUACUACGUGUACAUCCCCACCAAACUGAACCAGCGCCUCCACGUCGCCGCCAUCAGCCAGGUCGUGGUGGCCCCCAUCCUCUGCAUGUUCUGGCUGCUCUUCUUCUCUGUCCUGCGCCUUGGUCCCACCCGGCCCGUCACCCUCUUCACCUUUGUGGUCCUCCUUUCCUGCAUCAUCUUCUCCUUCUUUGGCCUCUGCUUGAAGAAGCUGCAGCCACGGAAACCCUCUAGCUACCAGAUGUCUGACCAGUCUGAGGGCGCCUUCAAUGAUGUGGAGCGGAGCAGCGUUUCCUCCACCCCUAACUCCAAUCUCUUUGUGGCCACUGUCCUGCAGGAGCCUGAGCUGAGCCUGACACCGGCAGCCUCUCCGGCACACCAGUCCUAUGGCACCAUGGGCAACCACCUGGAGCCAGCGGAGGAUGGGGAGGAUGGGGGGCUGCAGAGCUUCGAGACAGAGCUGGAGACCGUGGAGGGCGAGUACAGGAGCGGCCCCGUGAUAGAGAGCCAGGCUCGCUACCAGUGAACAUCCCUGCCACAGGCUGGGAACUGACUGUGCUGAGA